AGAAAUCAAGUGAGUGAACGCAUUGCCAUUGUCGAAUUUCUCGUACAUUUAUUCACCAUUGAAUUUAUAUUUUAGAUAAACGAUAAAUAUUAAAUAAUUAUGGCAGCAAUUAGUUUGUUAAAUCCAAAAGCCGAAGUUGCAAGAGCAUCUCAAGCAUUAGCUGUUAAUAUUUCUGGAGCUAAAGGAAUCCAAGAUGUGAUGAAAACUAAUUUGGGGCCGAAAGGAACCAUGAAAAUGUUGGUUUCUGGAGCUGGAGAUAUAAAAAUAACUAAAGAUGGAAAUGUAUUGUUGCAUGAAAUGCAAAUCCAGCAUCCAACAGCAUCUUUGAUAGCAAGAGCAUCAACAGCUCAGGAUGAUAUGACUGGAGACGGUACUACAACGACCGUACUUAUUAUUGGUGAGCUGAUGAAACAAGCUGACUUAUUCAUUGCCGAGGGAUUACAUCCCCGAAUAAUAACCGAAGGCUUUGAGUUGGCAAGAGUUAAAACACUCGAAGUAUUAGAAUCGCUUAAAACUCCAAUUGAGUGUACUAAAGAAGGACUUAUCGAUGUUGCUAAAACAUCCCUGAGAACUAAAAUUCAUCCCAAAAUUGCCGACAAGCUUGCGGAAGUAUGUGUUGAUGCAGUAUUAGCAAUCAAACAGGGCGACCAGCCUAUUGACUUGCACAUGGUCGAGCUUAUGGAAAUGCAGCACAGAACAGCAGCUGAUACCACAUUGGUACGUGGUAUUGUCAUGGACCACGGUUCAAGACACCCUGACAUGCCGAAGAGAAUUGAGAACGCGUACAUACUUACAUGUAAUGUAAGUUUGGAGUACGAAAAAACUGAAGUCAACAGUGGAUUUUUCUACAAAACCGCUGAGGAGCGUGAAAAACUUGUUGCUGCUGAACGUGAAUUUAUUGACAACCGCGUCAAGAAAAUAAUUGCUUUGAAAAAAAAAUUAUGUACAGGCAAUGACAAAGGCUUUGUUAUUAUAAAUCAAAAGGGAAUUGACCCACCAUCUUUGGAUGCACUCGCUAAAGAAGGAAUCAUGGCUCUUCGUCGGGCUAAGCGUAGAAAUAUGGAACGUUUAGCGCUCGCUUGUGGUGGAACUGCUGUUAAUUCUGUUGAUGAUUUGCAGGAAGAUUCUUUAGGAUGGGCUGGUCUUGUUUACGAACACGUUCUCGGCGAAAACAAAUAUACCUUUGUUGAGGACUGUAAAAAACCAAAUUCAGUAACAAUUUUAUUGAAGGGGCCUAAUAAGUAUACAUUGGUACAACUUAAAGACGCAGUCCGUGAUGGUCUUAGAGCUAUUAAUAAUGCUAUUGAAGACAAAGCUGUUAUUCCUGGAGCUGGUGCCUUUGAAGUUGCUGCUAGUCGCGCUCUUUCACAAUACAAAGAACAGGUCAAAGGAAAAUUACGAUUUGGAAUUCAAGCUUACAGUGAGGCGCUUCUUGUUGUUCCUAAAAUUCUUGCUGUCAACAGCGGAUUUGAUCCUCAAUACACAAUUGUAAAGCUUCUUGAAGAAAGCGCCACUCUUGGUGAACCCGUUGGUUUGGAUAUUAAUUCUGGAGAAGCUAUCAAACCUAGCGACAUGGGCAUUUACGAUAAUUACAUCGUUAAAAAACAAAUUAUCAACUCUUGCACUGUUAUUGCAAGUAAUCUGUUACUUGUUGACGAAAUAAUGCGAGCUGGUCUGUCAUCAUUGAAAGGAUAAUUUUAAUAAUGAUUCAUCUUUUUUUUAAAAUAAAAUAAUUUCUAUCACGCGAUUAUCAAAUAUGUUUCACAUAAUUCUAAUACUUUUUGUUAACUUAAUUACAUUGCAUUAAAAAUCGCUUUCGCUUUAAUAAAAUAAACAUUUCUAACGAAAGAAAGUAAUUUAAUUUUGUCUUUCGAGACGAAUUCUUUAGUAUUAACUAUACAAACCGCAUUUUAUCAUUAAUUUGUUUUAAUUUAGUUGAAAAAAUAAAAUUGUCUUAAAUAAUUUUUACAAAUAUAAAUUUGAAAAUAUUAACUUCAAUAAAAAAAAAUAACCAAAUGGAGAUUUAGAUCCGGAAGUAACAGAUGAGCAUUUAUAAUUUUAUAAAUAAUCAUAAAAUGUACUUUUUUAAUAAAUAUUUCUGUACCAAUUUAAUACUUAAUCAUA